GCCCACUAUUGCAUCAGAAUUAGUCGAGCAAAUUUCGCACUUGAAAAGACAUACUCGAUUGAUUUAUUUAAAUUUUGAUUAGGUGUUUUUGAGAACAAUAUCCUCAGGAUUCAUCAAAAAGUUACUGAUGAAGUAAGGAUAUGCAAAAACUGCAUUUUGCGAAGUUUAUCUUUGUUAAUUAUCGACAUAUAAUUUCCUCCACUAAAGCAACAUGCGCCUAGGCCCAGACGUGUCCAAGGUGCCCCAAAAAUGCUUUUCAGUGCCAUUCGCUUUUUUUAACAGUACAGUAUUAUUAUUGGUAUUAAUGAGCGCAAAAUGAGAUAAACGGUGAACCACCGCGAAAUGAAGUAUUUAUUUUAAUUACUUAUUAGUUCAGCGACCAAUUUUAGUUAAAGUAUAUCAGCCCCAUAGUCAAACUAACGAAAAAAAAGCUAAUUUUCUACCUGAGCGCUUGACGAAUAUAUUGUUUAAGGUUUUUGUUGUUACUUGUACUACAAUAAAUUUAAUAUUUGCUCCACUUUAAAUUUGAAUAGUGUUGUGAGUGACUGGUUGUUAUACCUAGUGAAUUAUUUCAAAAAUUCUACAAAACAACAAUUCAUUUGUCUUCGAAAAUAAAUUAUUUCGUCAAUUAUCGCCAAUUGUUGUCAAUUUUGCUAAUUGUCUCAAUAAGAUUUGAGACGUGUUGGUCUGGGCUGCUGCUGAAAAUUUAUAUUAGUUUCACACGUUGCAGUGAUAAAUUUGUGUUUUAAAAUAAAUCAAAAAUGCCUAUCAUGGAAGAAAUUCGAUACGUUUUCAAUAUUGACCCCAGGGAUAAGAUGCGAAUGCCAACAUGGGCCCAAACCCAACGAUCCUUGAGCCGCAAAAAGUUGAUUCUCCAAAGCGAUGACACCAAAUUAGCUAAAGUGUUAUCCACAUUAGAUCUCACAGCGCUAGGAAUUGGCAGCACUUUAGGAGUAGGAGUUUACGUUCUAGCUGGAGAAGUUGCCAAAACUACCGCUGGACCGGCUGUGAUUAUUUCAUUUUUAAUUGCUGCUUUUGCUUCCAUAUUGGCAGGUUUAUGUUAUGCUGAAUUUGGAGCUAGAGUGCCAAAGGCGGGUUCUGCCUAUGUCUACAGUUACGUCUGUAUAGGAGAGUUUUUCGCUUUCAUUAUAGGCUGGAAUCUUAUAUUAGAAUAUCUUAUAGGUUCAGCAUCAUGUGUGAAAGCACUAUUUCUCUAUUUCGAUAAUUUGGCGAACAACACAAUGUCGCAUUUUUUUCAGCAAACAAUGCCGAUGAAUGGUGGUCAAAUUGCAACUUAUGCUGACAUAUUUUCUUUAGCCCUAUCUAUUGUGUUUGCUGUCGCCCUAGCCUUUGGAGCCAAAGAGUCGUCACUAGUCAACAAUGUAUUCACAUUUGUGAAUAUUUGCAUAGUUUUGCUAGUUAUUAUUUCUGGAAUAUUUAAAUCUGAUCCGAAGAACUGGAACCGAACAGCCCAAGAAGCCAUGGGGAUAGGAUUGGGUGGUUUUGCCCCCUAUGGCAUUAAAGGCAUUAUUAAGGGAGCUGCAAAGUGUUUUUAUGGAUUUAUUGGGUUUGAUUGUAUAGCAACAGCAGGCGAAGAAGCAAAAACUCCCCAAAAAUCCAUCCCUAUUGGUGUGGUCAUGUCUCUAUUGAUUGUAUUUUUGGCUUAUUUUGGAAUGUCUACAGUUUUAACAAUGAUGCUUCCAUAUUAUGAGCAAGACACUACUGCCCCCUUACCCCACGUUUACGAAAAAAUUGGAUGGACUGCUGUAAAAUAUGUUGUUAGUAUUGGAGCUUGUUGUGGUUUAUUUUCAAGUUUAUUAGGUGCUAUGUUCCCUCUGCCAAGAAUCAUCUACGCCAUGGCUUCAGAUGGAUUAUUAUUCAAGACACUAGCCAAAGUCCAUCCAAAGUUUCAAACACCAUUUAUGGGCACCCUAGUAGCUGGUGCUAUCACAGGAAUUUUAGCUUGUAUCUUUGAACUCAGCAAGCUAACGGAAAUGAUGUCUAUUGGGACACUUUUGGCGUAUUCCAUGGUAGCAGCAUGCGUAUUAGUAUUGAGGUACGCUCCAGAUUCAAAAAAGUCUGACUCUGCCGAAACAAUUACCUUCCAGACAUUUAUUAUGCAAAUUAUAUCUCCAACGACUACUUAUCCAACUCAAGUAACUUCUACAGUUGUUUCUUGGCUUAUAAUAAUUUUUUUCAUGCUUUGUUUUAUUAUGUCUGGUUUAAUGACUAUUUUUGAUGAUAGCCUUUACAAUGGAGAACUAUGGUUAAUUAGCAUCUGUUUGGUACUUGGAGUAUUUUUGAUUAUUUUGCUUUAUACUGUUUCCUGUCAGCCUACAUCAGACGCUAAACUUGGGUUUACAGUUCCAAUGGUUCCUUGGAUUCCCGGCAUAAGCAUUUUCAUCAACAUCUACCUUAUGACUAAUAUUAACAAAGAUACAUGGCUCAAGUAUGUCUAUUGGAUGUUUAUUGGUUUAGUAAUUUAUUUUACUUAUGGAAUAUGGCACAGUAAUGAACGAUCUCCGCCGCUAACUGCAAACAACAGAGUUAGAACAAAUUCAACAAGGGAAAAUGGACAUGCUAAGGGUUAUUAUGGAGCCACAGUGGCUAGCAAAACUGAAACUGCUGUUGAAGAAAAUCUGUGAUUAUUUUUUAGAAUAGAUCAGGUCUGGUUUAACAAGAUCCCAAUCAUUGUCUGAACGAUUUUGUUUGAUCCAGCUGAGCUGUCGUAAACCAAUCUAGGCAUUAACAUUAAAUCUCCCUAGCUUAUUCAAUGGCCUUUAAAACCAAUUAGUACUGUUUCAAAUUAUAAAGUUUGAGAAGUUGGCCUUUCCCCUUCCCCUUUUCUCUCUUCUCUUCCAAGAAACCUGAAACUGGCUCAAAAUUACUGAGAAUAUGCAAAAAAUUAUCACUUUUGCAUGAAUUUUUUUUAGCUUUUUGACUUUAACUUGUUUUUAGUUUAUAGGCUGCAUCAGCGGUUCACGAUGCGAGAAAUACCACACGAGACCGUCUCGUCUUCUAUUUUCAUUUGAUCACAACCAUUUCGAAACUACAGAUUCAAUGCAAAUGCUUUUCUGAAAUCAAAGUAGAUCGGCCUUCAACAUAAUGGAAAAAAAAAACCUAGGUAUCUGAGAAAAAAUUCAUAUAGAUAUUGCUGAUGUCUAAACCCUAAACGAUAUUGUCAUUACCUGGCUCCGAAAACCUCAGAAAUGAAGGUCAAUAUACAUUCCCUUAUUUUAAACAAAAGACAGUAAUGGCAGUUUUCCACAGCGCCAUAAAUGUACCAAAACUAAAAUUAGAGGUUUGUUUGUUUGUGUUGUGCGGGGCAGCACUUCCUGCUUUGGAGCGUUCGUUUGUGAGCGUUUUAUAUGGGUGUAUCUGCCAUAAUAUGAAAUAUUACAGCUUAGUUCGUUAAUAAUUUGAUUUACUGCAGGAUCCUAGUUAUCAUUUAGACUAAGGAUUUUGAACCGGUGAUAUCCACAUUUGCCCCCUAAAUGUCCAAUAGUGGAUAGAAGAACCUUUUAGAAGUUACCUCUGUUGUGGUUUCUUGAGAAAAUAAUGGACAAAACUGAACUGAUAAGAACAACACUAUCGUUGACCUCUCCAAAAUAUAUUGUACCGUAAAAGUACAACCAGUCACAAAUGCUUUUUGUGUGAGUGAUUUAUCGUACCGUGUACCGUGUACCUACAGCCUUCAUCAAGGAUAAUCACAGGACACAAUUUUUUUUUUCAAUUUUAAUUAGCAAACAAACAACUCCAAUCUGAUUUCCAUUGAGAAAACUGAUUGAAAUGGUUCAGGUUUAUUUGGGUCUAUUGCCAAAACAGGCUUAUUUAGAAAUUUUAUACCUCGCACUGGGAUGUACAUGACUGCCACAAAACAAGUACUUACCAAUUUUUUUUGCCUUGAAUGUGGAUUGCUUUUUAAUAUAUGUAUAAGAUGCAUUGAAAAAUUAUCUAGUUGUAGAAUUUUGUACACCAAGCCGAACGUGCUUUAUUUAUUUACUAUAACUAAAUUAUUUUUAGAUUGAUUGAAUUUAGUUAGUUUUUAAAUAAGAAGUAUUAUUAUUUUAUGACUGAAAAUAAGGAUUACUUUUUGUAUUACAUAUUUGUUUUUAUGUAUUGGAUAAAAAAAUAUACACAAAUAAAAAACAUAGGAUUUUUCAAAUAAAUGUAUUACAAUAACAUAGUCUUUAUACAAUUUUUACAAUAAUAUAAGACAAUAAUUAAUUAAUUUGUGGAACGUGAAACUAACAUUUAAAAUAGAAAAAAUAAAACAAUGAUGUUAAGGCAAGGAGCACAAUUUACUUAUGUACAAACAAACAUUAUUAGUAAAAAAACUUUGGCUUACAAAAAAUAACAUUUUUGUAUAUUGUACAGAUUUGGUCGAUCAAAAGGCAUGCCUUAUACAGAUGUCUCCGAAAAAGCAUAUUAUGAAAGAACAGACUAGAAGUAAUCUCAUGAGCAUAAACAUGGCCUUGAUGUUUUUUGUAGGCCUUAUUUUGUGUAGGACUUUACAAGUCAGCCGAAGAACUUUCCUAUCAAGCAGGAUUAAUUUUGAUUUGAAAAAAAUAAAUUAUUUAUGAAAACAACAAGCCAAAUACUAGACUUUCCUGUGAGGCGCUUUUUUAUGAUUUACUUUACCCAAUGAAUCGUUUUCCGAUCCCGAACUAUGCAUACCUUUGGAACUUCUACCAUUACUCCUAGGCUGAGGCUUUUUAUAGCCUCGUCUAUCAUCUCUAUCCCCAUAAGGACUAUAACCUCUCGUGGGAGGGGGUGAAGCACCAUAUUCUGAAUCAUAUGGCGGAGAAGGGCUCCUCCUGUUAUAUCUGUCAUACUCUGAAUAUCCAGUGGAUUCUGGGGUAUAUCUACCUCCAACUGGUGGUGGGGAACUCAUUCUUCCUAAUGGAGGUGGUCUAUGAUCCCCUGGGAACAUUCCAGGAAGAGGCAUGAAUGGUGGCAUUCCACCCAUAUCACCUAAACGUGGUGGCAUCAUGCCUUCUAAAGGAGGUGGGGGUAAAAAGGGGGUUACACCUAAAGGUGGUGGUGGUAAAAACGGAGGUGGAGGCAUACCAGGAAUUGGAGCGGAAGGCAUGUGAUCUCUUGGGUUAUAAAGAGGUGGAGGUGAUUGAGUUGGGUCGAGAGGUGGUGGGGAAAUCGGCAUUUCCCCAU